AUAAUCGACUUGUCUUUCCAUAGCACAACUCACCAGUGAGCAGUUUAGAAAUGUGGAUUUGUGGCAGACAAUAAAAUACUUGAUGAUGAUAAUGACAAAGGGAUAGGUGAAUGAUGUAGGUGCUGACUAGUUGAGGUGUGGUGGUAGCGAUGUACACAUACAUAGCCUAAAAGCAUACUAUUACCUUGUCUGUCAUACACUGUUUCAGUUCCUAUUUUACGCGGGUGGGGUAAAGGCACAUUCCCGACGUCCAAACAUUGGAGUUUUUAGAAAUCGGAAUGGGAGGGGGCUUGUCACGUGCCUUUAUUUCGAAGUUAGAAAAAAAUUAAGGGGGAAGGGGCUGCGGAGGGGUACAUUGAGGACACCGAUUUUUUUUGCCAUUGCAUUGGUAUUUGUGGGGGAAUCCUAUUGACCGACUGUGGGGCUAAUGAAUAGCAAAUGUGUUAUUUUGUAGAAUACCAUAAACAUUUGAGCUCCAUCAAUUUGUUUGUUUUCUCUCAGAGCUUUAAAGUCUAAUUGUUGUGGACUAUUUUACUUAGCGGAAGCGUAGAGUUUUGGUUCAGGAGUGUUGUUUGGGUGUUAGGCUACUGAAUGAGUGCAGCACUGAAUUCGGGUGAUAUCAACGUUAGCCGGCGAGACGCCUUUCAUUGUACAUCGUAUUUUACCUUUGAGAGCUUUUGGGGCACUUUUAAUAAGACAACAUUCAUUCCUCCUCGUGUCCCCUUCCCCUUUCCUUUUCUCCGGACACUUGAAACACAAAAAGCCUAAAAAAUGGCUCAGAUACUGCCGAUACGAUUUCAGGAACAUCUGCAGCUGCAGAACCUAGGGGUGAAUCCGGCCAACAUCGGGUUCAGCUACCUGACCAUGGAGUCUGACAAAUUCAUCUGCAUCCGGGAGAAGGUGGGUGAGCAAAACCAGGUGGUGAUCAUAGACAUGGCUGACCCCAAUAACCCCAGCAGGCGACCCAUUUCCGCUGACAGCGCCAUUAUGAACCCUACAAGCAAGGUCAUCGCCCUGAAAGCUGCUAAGUGCCUGCAGAUCUUCAACAUUGAGAUGAAGAGUAAGAUGAAGGCUCACACCAUGACAGAGGAAGUCAUGUUCUGGAAGUGGAUCUCUGUCAACACCGUCGCCUUGGUGACUGAAGCGGCCGUCUACCAUUGGAGCAUGGAGGGGGACUCUCAGCCAAUCAAAGUGUUUGAUCGGCACGCCAGUCUGGCCGGUUGCCAGAUCAUAAAUUACAGAACAGACGAACAGCAGAAGUGGCUUCUGCUUAUCGGUAUCUCGGCACAGCAAAACCGUGUGGUGGGGGCCAUGCAGCUGUACUCUGUGGACAGGAAGGUGUCCCAGCCCAUCGAGGGACAUGCUGCAGCCUUCGGAGAGUUUAAGGUGGAGGGCAACACCAAAGCCUCCACUCUCUUCUGCUUUGCUGUGCGCAGCCAGGCUGGUGGCAAGCUGCAUAUCAUAGAGGUGGGUCACCCGGCCACAGGGAACCAGCCAUUUACCAAGAAGGCGGUUGAUGUGUUCUUCCCUCCCGAGGCGCAGACAGACUUCCCCGUCGCCAUGCAGAUUGGCACCAAGCAUGGCGUGAUCUACCUGAUCACUAAGUAUGGCUACAUCCACCUGUAUGAUCUGGAGUCGGGAGUGUGUAUCUAUAUGAACCGCAUCAGCGCUGAGACCAUCUUCGUCACCGCCCCCCACGAACCCACCUCCGGCAUCAUCGGGGUUAACAAGAAGGGACAGGUGUUGUCAGUGUGUGUGGAGGAGGAGAACAUAGUUAACUAUGCCACCAACGUGCUGCAGAACCCAGACCUGGGCCUGAGGAUGGCCAUGCGUUCUAACCUGGCCGGGGCAGAUGAGUUGUUUGCCAGGAAGUUCAACACGCUGUUCGCCCAGGGUUCCUACUCCGAGGCUGCCAAGGUGGCUGCCUCCACACCAAAGGGUAUCCUGCGUACAGCGGAGACCAUCCGUAAGUUCCAGAGUGUGCCAGGCCAGCCGGGCCAGGCCUCUCCCCUGCUUCAGUACUUUGGCAUCCUGCUGGACGAAGGCCAGCUCAACAAGUUUGAGUCUCUGGAGCUGUGCAGGCCCGUGCUACAGCAGGGACGCAAGCAGCUGCUGGAGAAGUGGCUGAAAGAGGAUAAGCUGGAGUGUUGUGAGGAGCUUGGUGACCUGGUUAAGGCAGUAGAUCCUACUCUGGCCCUCAGCGUCUACCUCAGGGCCAACGUACCCAGCAAGGUGAUCCAGUGCUUCGCUGAGACCGGACAGUUCCAGAAGAUAGUGCUUUACGCCAAGAAGGUGGGCUACUCUCCAGACUGGGUGUUUCUGUUGAGGAAUGUGAUGCGGGUCAGUCCAGAACAGGGUCUACAGUUCUCUCAGAUGCUGGUUGCAGAUGAGGAGCCCCUGGCCAACAUCAACCAGAUAGUGGAUGUGUUCAUGGAGGGCAGUCUGAUCCAGCAGUGCACCUCAUUCCUAUUGGACGCUCUGAAGAACAACCAGCCAGCCGAGGGACACCUACAGACACGCCUACUGGAAAUGAACCUCCUCCAUGCUCCCCAGGUGGCCGAUGCAAUCCUGGGAAACCAGAUGUUUAGUCACUAUGACCGAGCCCACAUCGCCCAGCUGUGUGAGAAGGCUGGGCUGCUGCAGAGGGCUCUAGAGCACUACACUGACCUGUUCGACAUCAAAAGGACUCUCGUACACACACACCUGCUCAACCCUGAGUGGCUGGUGAACUUCUUUGGCGCCCUGUCAGUAGAGGACUCUAUAGAGUGUCUUCGGGCCAUGUUAUCAGCCAACAUCCGACAGAACCUUCAGCUGUGUGUCCAGGUGGCAUCUAAAUACCACGAACAGCUGGGAACAAAUGCCCUGGUGGAUCUCUUCGAGUCCUUCAAGAGCUUUGAGGGUGUGUUCUACUUCCUGGGUUCCAUAGUGAACUUUAGCCAGGACCCCGACGUUCAUUUUAAAUACAUCCAGGCGGCCUGUAAGACCGGACAGAUCAAGGAGGUGGAACGCAUCUGUAGAGAGAGCAACUGUUACGACCCGGACAGGGUCAAGAACUUCCUCAAGGAGGCUAAACUGACAGACCAGCUGCCUCUGAUCAUAGUGUGUGACCGCUUUGACUUUGUCCAUGACCUGGUUCUCUACCUCUACCGCAACACUCUGCAGAAGUACAUUGAGAUCUAUGUUCAGAAGGUGAACCCUAGCCGGCUGCCGGUGGUGAUAGGAGGUCUGUUGGAUGUAGACUGUGCUGAAGAGGUCAUUAAGAACCUGAUCUUGGUGGUGAGAGGACAGUUCUCCACAGACGAGCUGGUGGCGGAGGUAGAGAAGAGGAACAGACUGAAGCUGUUGUUGCCGUGGCUGGAGUCUCGUAUCCACGAGGGCUGUGAGGAGCCGGCUACUCACAAUGCCUUGGCUAAGAUCUACAUAGACAGUAACAACAACCCGGAGCGCUUCCUGAAGGAGAACACCUUCUACGACAGCACUGUAGUGGGGAAGUAUUGUGAGAAGAGAGACCCCCACCUCGCCUGUGUCGCCUAUGAGAGGGGCCAGUGUGACCUGGACCUUAUCAAGGUGUGCAAUGAGAACUCCCUGUUCAAGAGUGAGGCUCGCUACCUGGUCAGACGGAAAGACCCAGAACUAUGGGCCAAUGUUUUAGAGGAGAACAACCCUUAUAGACGCCAACUCAUAGACCAGGUGGUGCAGACAGCUCUGUCAGAGACCCAGGACCCAGAGGAGGUAUCGGUGACUGUCAAGGCCUUUAUGACCGCUGACCUGCCCAAUGAGCUCAUCGAACUACUGGAGAAGAUUGUACUGGACAACUCAGUCUUCAGCGAGCACCGAAACCUCCAGAACCUGUUGAUCCUGACGGCCAUCAAGGCAGACCGUACACGUGUGAUGGAGUACAUCAACCGCCUGGACAACUACGACGCCCCAGACAUCGCUAACAUCGCCAUCAGCAACGAGCUCUUUGAGGAGGCCUUCGCCAUCUUCAAGAAGUUUGACGUCAACACCUCCGCCAUUCAGGUUCUGAUCGAGCAUAUCAGCAACCUGGACAGAGCCUAUGAGUUUGCAGAGCGUUGUAAUGAGGCUGCUGUAUGGAGUCAGCUGGCCAGAGCCCAGCUCCAGAGAGACCUGGUUAAAGAGGCCAUCGACUCCUACAUCAAAGCUGACGACCCGUCAGCCUACAUGGAGGUGGUCAGCGCGGCCAGCAAGAACGAUAACUGGGAGGAUCUGGUGAAGUUCCUUCAGAUGGCUCGUAAGAAGGCCCGGGAGUCCUACGUAGAGACAGAGCUCAUCUUUGCUCUGGCUAAAACUGGCAGACUGGCCGAACUAGAUGAGUUUGUUAACGGCCCUAACAAUGCCCAUAUACAACAGGUGGGAGAUAGGUGUUUUGAGGAGGGCAUGUAUGAUGCUGCCAAGCUGCUGUAUAAUAAUGUGUCCAACUUUGCCCGCCUGGCAUCCACGCUGGUCCACCUAGGAGAGUACCAGGCUGCUGUGGACAGCGCCAGGAAAGCCAACAGCACACGCACCUGGAAGGAGGUGUGUUUUGCGUGUGUGGCUGGGGAGGAGUUUCGGUUGGCUCAGAUCUGUGGUCUUCACAUCGUCAUCCACGCUGAUGAACUGGAGGAGCUCAUCAGUGACUAUCAGGACCGGGGCUAUUAUGAGGAGCUGAUAGCCCUGUUGGAGGCAGCAUUGGGUUUGGAGCGCGCUCACAUGGGCAUGUUCACAGAGCUGGCCAUCCUCUACUCCAAAUUCAAACCCCAGAAGAUGAGAGAACAUCUGGAACUCUUCUGGUCCCGUGUCAACAUCCCUAAGGUGCUGCGAGCGGCGGAGCAGUCCCACCUGUGGGCGGAGCUAGUGUUUCUGUAUGAUAAAUACGAGGAGUAUGACAAUGCUGUCCUCACGAUGAUGUCACACCCUACUGACGCAUGGAAGGAGGUGCAGUUCAAGGACAUCAUCGCCAAGGUGGCCAAUGUGGAGCUGUACUACAAAUCCCUUUCCUUUUACCUGGAUUACAAACCUCUGCUGACGAACGACCUUCUGACCAUACUGUCACCACGGUUAGACCACAGCCGGGCGGUCACAUACUUCACCAAGAUGAACCAGUUGAAGUUGGUAAAGCCUUACCUGCGGUCAGUCCAGAGUCACAACAACAAGGGAGUCAACCAGGCCCUCAAUAACCUACUGACAGAGGAGGAGGACUACCAGGGUCUGAGGACAUCGAUCGAUGCGUAUGGUAACUUUGACACCAUUGUUCUGGCCCAGAGACUGGAGAAGCAUGAGCUGAUUGAGUUCAGACGCAUAGCAGCAUACCUCUACAAAGGCAACAACCGCUGGAGACAGAGCGUGGAACUCUGCAAGAAGGACAAAUUAUACAAGGAUGCAAUGCUGUAUGCUGCCGAGUCUAAGGAUGCAGAGUUGGCUGAGACCCUGCUGCAGUGGUUCCUGGAGGAGGGUAGGAAGGAGUGUUUCGCUGCCUGUCUGUUUGCCUCCUAUGACCUGCUGCACCCUGAUGUGGUGCUGGAGCUGGCCUGGAGACACAACAUCAUGGACUUUGCCAUGCCAUACUUCAUCCAGGUCAUGAGGGAGUAUCUCACCAAGGUUGAUGAGGUUGCGGAGAAGGUGACGAUGGACAAACUGGAGGAGUCAGAAAGCCAAAGGAAGACUGAGGAAAAAGUCCCAGAACCCACCCCCAUAGUGUUUGGUCAACAGCUGAUGUUGACAGCAGGUUCCGCUCCAGUGGCUCCCCAGCCAGGAUAUCCAGGAGGCUAUGGAUACGCUGCUCCAGGCUACCCCACCCAGCCCCCCUACGGCUACAACAUGUAGACCACCUCUACCCCACCCAGCCCCCCUACGGCUACAACAUGUAGACCACCUCUACCCCACCCAGCCCCCCUACGGCUACAACAUGUAGACCACCUCUACCCCACCCAGCCCCCCUACGGCUACAACAUGUAGACCACCUCUACCCCACCCAGCCCCCCUACGGCUACAACAUGUAGACCACCUCUACCCCACCCAGCCCCCCUACGGCUACAACAUGUAGACCACCUCUACCCCACCCAGCCCCCCUACGGCUACAACAUGGGUCCAUGCAUCUCAAAUGGCACACUAUUCCCUGUUUUGUGCACUACUUUUGACCAAGGCCAAUAGUGCUCCAGUCAGAAGUAGUGUCCUAUAUAGGCUUUAAGGUGUCCAUUUGGGUUGCAGAUCAUGUAGAGCAUAAGGCCCCAGUAACCCCACAUCCCAACCACUCUUACCCAACCUUAAUCACACUUAUCAAAUACAUUACAGAUGCAGCUUGCUUAUGGAUUCAAUAUGGAUUCCCUGCCUUGAAACCCCCUAAUACACAAUCUCUCUACUCUGUGAGACACCUAGUCCACCUCUGGACACUCCAAACCUCAACCCCACCACCACCACACCCAACUCAACCAAAAAGACCUCCACUUUGCUCCCAUCUCCUCUCACUCCCCACCUCUUGCUCCCCCUCCCUCUCCAAUGGACUAGAGCAAGGCUAACUGACCCCUCUACUUAGGCUGGCCUGACCAGCCCCCCAAUUCACCACUGCACAGCAUGGCGACAGCUCUUAGCUCCUAGAGAAAAUAGCUAACAGGUAAAAGCUAACGUACAGUACACCACUCUGUCCAGGUAUAUUCUAUCACUGUUCCAUAGACUGUAUCAACAAUAGAGCAGCUUUUUAAAAUAUUAGUUUUUCUAGAGAUGAUAAUAGAAUACUGGUAGUGAAGACUUUUACUGAGGAGCCAGAGAGGGAGUGGGUGAAGGGCUCAUCACGGAGUACCCCUGCCCUCUGAGCACAGCUUGGCCUUGUACAGGAGGUGUCAACUUUGAGUCAUUUUUCAAGUUUGUUUCACGACUCUCUCCUACGUUUGUUUCCCCACCACUCUCUCCUACGUUUGUUUCACCACGACUCUCCUACGUUUGUUUCACCACGACUCUCCUACGUUUGUUUCACCACUCUCUCCUACGUUUGUUUCACCACGACUGUCCUACGUUUGUUUCACCACGACUCUCUCCUACGUUUGUUUCACCAUGACUCUCUCCUACGUUUGUUUCACCAUGACUCUCCUACGUUUGUUUCACCACGACUCUCUCCUACGUUUGUUUCAACACCACUCUCUCCUACGUUUGUUUCAACACCACUUUCCUACGUUUGUUUCACCACUCUCUCCUACGUUUGUUUCACCACUCUCUCCUACGUUUGUUUCACCACUCUCUCCUACGUUUGUUUCACCACUCUCCUACGUUUGUUUCACCACGACUCUCCUACGUUUGUUUCACCACGACUCUCCUACGUUUGUUUCAACACCACUCUCCUACGUUUGUUUCAACACCACUCUCCUACGUUUGUUUCAACACCACUCUCUCCUACGUUUGUUUCAACACCACUCUCUCCUACGUUUGUUUCAACACCACUCUCUCCUACGUUUGUUUCAACACCACUCUCUCCUACGUUUGUUUCAACACCACUCUCUCCUACGUUUGUUUCACCACCACUCUCUCCUCCGUUUGUUUCUUGACUGUUUCUGUUCAAUAGUUUUUGUUUGUCCAUCUGAACAGGUACUAUGUGUUGAAGACGCAACACUAUACAGUACUAUGGACUAGGAACACUAGUUAUUGGGAUUAUGGUGUACUUUUACUGUGUAGUUUAUCAAGCAUGUAGGGAUAUGUUGACAACACCAAGACUGGGAAGGUUUGCAUUGAUUCUCCUCUCCAAAUGCUCUUGUGCUAGCUGAUAAUAUCUAGGUCAACAUGGACGUUUGGGUCUCUCCACUUAACACUGUGAUGUAUGGUACACGAUCCCACAGCUCUGGAGUUGAUGAUGAUGUGAAACAUAACUGCUAUAUGCUGAUGUCUGUGCAUGUGCUGCCAAACAUAUAAUGCUGUAACAAUGCAACCAGGAGCACAAUUUCCAUGUUAUGCAUUUAAUAACACCUAUUACCUAUGUUGUGUUCAAGGCUGAACACAUGUAUUUUGAAGCCUUUACUGUCCCACCACGGACACCAACUAACAGGAUGGUGAAGGAAGUCCAAUAUUACACAAAGGAGAAUAAAAACAUAAGAGGGAAUAGAACUCCUGUAUAUCCCUGUGCCAGUGGUCCAGAGUUAUUUAAUGUACUGAAGAAACAUUGUAGAAUUUAUGAUAUGUUGUGAUACUUAAAGAAACAAGUUCAGUAUGAUGGAAUACCAUACCGUAUGCAUUGUCUAUAGUGUAUUGUUGUAGUUGGUCAUAAACAUGAUACUUAAAAAUAAAAUGACAAUAUACAAAAAGAGCAGAAUACAAACAUUAAGCUCUUCAGAACGAUUGCUUGCAGCAGCCAUCAUUCUGGGGUUUGUUGUCUUCCUGUUCAAGUAGCACAUGUCUAGUGAGAAUGUUCUGGAAAACUACCGCCACAGUUUAUGGGUAAACCUGGCCUCAUGCAUCCGGAGCUGUGCCACGAUAUUGUACAAAUGUUGGAUUGAGGUUCGUAGAAAACACUGAAAUCUGACCUGUGUACACCCAUUACUCUCUGUUCAAGACAAGCGUUCUCAAGGAUAAUAAAGUUUACACACACAUUA